GAUCCAAAAGCGCCUAGCUUCCGUCUAUUCACAGCAGACCAUUAUCUGCGCAACAGGAGACGGGGAGGGGAGAGGCGCAAGGUCUGUCCGCUGUCUGGACAGCAGAGCGAAAAAAAAACAAAAAACACAACUCUCUUUAACACCUAGAACAGCUCAGCAAAGAUGAGUAUGUACGGCUCUUCUUCGAGACUGGCCACCAUGGGCCAGAGAAGUAAUUCGCGACCGGAUUUGGCGAGUCCGAGCUUUCGAAACGACGUGUUCGUCGGUGGAAACGGCUUCCAGGGGGAAUACCAAGCAGGGGACGGCGGCUACACCUACACCACCUCUUACUCCAGGCACUCCGUACACGGCGGGGGGCCCGGACAGAAAGUGUACGUUAGCAAGGCUGGGGGCCCAAUUGGUGGUGGUGGUGGAAUGAGUGUACAGGCGAUUCAUCAAAAAUCCACAUUUCUGACCCACCAGUGUCACGAAUACCUGCAGAGAGCGAAGAUGAUUCUCCAGGCUGGGGGUCCAGUGGUUGAGGUGGAGAAAUUGUUGAGCAUGGCUGGAGAAUCCUUGGAACAGCUGAAGCUCUGUGGCCGAGAGCUGCAGCAAAUGCGUGUACCCAGCGAUGUCUUCAGAAAUGUAGAGCAGAUCCAGCACUUGUACGUUACUAUCGAACAGCAGCUUGUCACUGGCGUGGGCGGGAGACCAAACAGGGGCAGCGUUGGCUCCCUUGAGGGAGGGAGGAUCUUUAAUGAUGCCAUGGCCUGGAUUGCCCAACAGAAGCGUAUGAUUGAGACAGCGCCGUGGGGGGACGACUCAGAAACCAUAGAAAAACAAAUCCUAAGCCACAACAAAACCCACAGCUCUAUCCAGAGGAGUCAGGAAGUAGACCGUGCCAGAGAUGAACUGAGGGGCGACAAGUACAACCUCUCUAUCCUGGAACAAGAAUGGGACAGCUUGCAGAAAAUGUCCCACAGCCGUCUUGGUCAGCUGCGUGACCUUCAAAACAUCAUUGAGGAGAUCUCUCGGGCCAUCAUGUGGGUGAAUGACAAAGAGGAGGAGGAGCUUGUGUUUGACUGGGGAGACAGGAACAUCGACCAGUACAUUCCCAAGAAAGAAGAAAGUUACUCAAGGUUGAUGAGGGACCUGGAGGAGAAGGAGAAGGAGCUAAACAAGUUGAAGGUGAAAGCAGAUGGACUCCUGAACAACAACCAUCCUGCCUCCGAUAAGAUUGAAGCCUACAUGGAUACCUUGCAGACCCAGUGGAGCUGGCUUCUUCAGAUUACCAAGUGUAUCCAUGUUCAUUUGAAGGAGAACGCUGCCUACAGCCAGUUUUUCAAGGAGGCCAAUGAGACCUAUUCCAAGCUGCAGAAGCAGCAUGAGACUAUCCGAAGCAAGUUUACCUGCGACAAGAACACCCACCUGGAUAACCUCAUUGAACUCCUGAAAAACCUGGAGAAAGAGAGGGAACAAAUUCUGGAAAAUAAGAGACAGGUCCAAAGCCUGGUCAACAAGUCUAAGUCCAUUGUCAGGCUGAAACCUCGCAACCCUGAGGAGAAGACCACCAGCCCUGUCAUAGUCCAGGCCUUAUGUGACUUUAAACAAGACCAGAAAGGGAUUUUAAAAGGGAAUGAGGGCAUCCUGAAGGACAACUCGCAGCGCAGCAAGUGGCUUGUGACGGGACCUGGAGGUCUGGACAUGUUGAUUCCCUCUGUUUGUCUGCUCAUCCCCCCACCAAACCCACUCAGCAUUGGCCUCGCCAACAAGAAUGAGCAGUAUUAUGAAGCCAUCAUGGGCAUCUGGAAUCAGCUCUACAUCAACAUCAAGAGUCUCAUCUCGUGGCAGUAUUGCCUCAAAGACAUCAAUUACAUUAACUCUCUCACUGUCAGCAUGCUGUCCAAGAUGCGUCCUGACGAGUACCGCAAUGUCAUCAAAAGACUGGAGACUCACUACCAAGAGUUCAUUCGUACCAGCCAGGGAUCUGAGCUGUUUGGGGAGGAGGACAAGAAAACCAUCCAAGGCCACGUUGAUAAAGCCCAGAACCACUAUGAUACACUGAUUAUCCAGCUGCCUGCUUACGUAGUCAGUAAAGGGGACGAAGGGGCGAAGACUGAACCCCCAAAGCAGCCUUCGACACCCAAGAUCCCAAAGGCCACUGCCGCCAAGGUCCAAACUACAGCUCCCACAACCAGUUCUACCCUCAGCCUUACCCUGCUCAGCAGUCUGCAAGAAAUUCGACGCAGGCUGGAGCUGGCUGAGUCUGGUCUCACCAGUCAUCUCCAUGUUCCCCUGGGGGAAAACAGUGUGCACGAGUGCUCAGUGCACAUCCAGAGGCUGCAGACUGUGCACCAAGAUUUGGACUCUAUUCAUGAUGAGUACCUGUGCCUAAGAGAAAAGAUUAUAAAGCAACUGGAGGGGAUACCUGCAGACUCUGAGCAAGCCAAGUUCCUCCGCUCUGAACUAGAAAUCAUCAACCAGAAACUCGGAGGCCUGCAGGGUCUCUACUCAGCCUACCUUCAGAGACUGUCGGCUCUUAAGGCCUUGCUCCAGAGUCUUAUCCAGGCCGAGGAUAUCAUUAAAGUCCAUGAGGCCCGGCUCACAGAGAAGGAGACCACCUCUCUGGAUCUUCGGGAGGUGGAAAACUAUCGAAGCACACUAAAGCAAAUGAAGAGUGAUCUGGAGCAAAAAAGAGACCUGCUGACAGCUAUGGAGUCUGACUUGAGUAAAGCUGUGCACUGGAAUGAUCAAAUCUCUGAGUCCUUCCACAAGUGUGAUGUGGAUUUGUCCAAAUACUCAGACCUGGUGAGUCAGAUGUCUGACCGCUGGCGCCGCAUCCAAACCCAGAUUGAUAGCAGAAUGUGGGACUUGGAGAAGCAGGAGAAACAGCUGCAGCAUUAUCAGCAGAGCAGCACUUCCCUGGAACAGUGGAUAGACAAUGCCAGGAACCGGCAGGACACCCUUCAGAUGGUUAAGCUCAGUGACAUCCAGACUCUAAUGGACCAUCUCAACCAACAGAAGGCACUUCACACUGAAAUUAAAGGAAAGAAAGAGAAAGUAGAGGAUGUGCAGAAAAAUGCAGACACCUGUGCUGCAUCCAUAAAGGACUAUGAACUGCAGCUGGCUUCCUACAGUUCAGGCCUGGAAACUCUGCUUAAUAUUCCUAUCAAGAGAACAAUGCUGCACUCCCCCGCCUCUGUGGUCAGACAAGAGGCGGCUGACCUCCAGUCCCGCUACAUAGAGCUUCUGACUCGCUCUAGUGACUACUACAAGUUCCUAGGGGAGCUGCUGAAGAACAUGGAAGAGCUGAAGAUGAGGAACACCAAGAUUGACAUGCUGGAGGAGCAACUGAGACGUCUGAAGGAGGACCUCCAGGAUCGUAGUGAGAAAAACAAGUCUCUGGAGGAUGCUUUGGCCCGCUACAAACUGGAGCUCACUGAGUCAAGGGGUCAGCUCAUUUCUAUGGAGGAAGUGCAGAGAACCAAAGCAGCACAAGUUAAUGCUGCCAAGGAAAGCCUGGACAGCACACACAGCCAGCUUCAAGAACUUAAUGAGCAACUGACCCGCAUUAAAUACCAGCUGGAUGAGGAGAAGAGGAAAAGAAGGUUGGCAGAGGAGCGCUACACAAGCCAGCAAGAAGAGUAUGAGGGGGCUGUUCGCCGCAGACAGAAAGAACUGGAAGAGCUCAACUGGACGAAGAUUGACUUAGAGAAGACCGUGAAGGACAAGGAACGUGAACUGGAGAGGAUGAAGAUACUGCUAGAAGAGGAGGCGGCACGUCGACGAAAUGCUGAAUCAGAUAUCUCAAAGGUAAGAACACAGUGCACCCAGGAGGUUAAUCAACUUAAGCAGACAUAUGAAAAAGAGAUCCACGUUACCAAGACCACGAUCUUGAAAGCCUCACAACAGAAAGACGAAGAUACAGCAGAGCUCAGAUUGCAAGUUGACAGACUCACUGCUGAGAAGAGAGAUCUAGAGGAUGAGCUGAGAAGAUUGAGACAGUCUAUUACUCACACAGAGGAGCAGAAAAGCAGAGCAGAGCAGGAAGCCAGCCAGCAGAGGGCCUCAGUGGCACAAGAAACAAGGAUCCGUAGUGAGCUGGAGGUGCAGCUGAGAACCCUCAUGCAGCAGAGAGGAGAGGAUGAGCUCAAACUAAGGGAAGCCACCAAAAACAAUCAGGAAAAGUCUAGGCAGAUCAGCGUGCUAACAUUUAAUCUGGAUGAGGAGGGGAAGAAGAGGAGAGCUCUCGAAUUAGAAAUUAAUCACCUGAAACAAGCUGAGGCAGAGCUGAAGGCAAAGAACACCUCCUAUCUGGAGGCAAUUAACAAGCUUAAAGUGUCUGAGCAGGAGAUUCACAUUACCCGAGUGGAGCUGGAGAAGCAAACCAGUGAGAAAACCAAAGUUGAGCAGAGUUCUGCCAGGUUGCAGAGCCGUAUUCGGGAACUUCAGUGUUCUCUGGAUGGGAUGGAGGCUGAGUUGGAGAAGCAAAAGAAGACAAACCAAGAGGAGUUCACACGUAGAAAGAGAAUGGAGGCAGAGCUUGAGAGAAUGACACAUACCUGCAGAGAGCACACCACCACAAUUAAUACACUGAAAUCUGUUCAACUAGAGGCUACUAACUCUGGAAGGAAGUACGAGCAGGACCUUAGGGCCCUCCAGGAGGCUUUGGACAAGAGCCUGAGGGAGCAUAAAAUCACCAAGGAGGAAAUGGCAGCUGUAACAGCUGAGCUGAAGACAUUGAAACAGAAGCUCAUGCAGGAACAGGCCCGAAUUCAUGAGCUCAACCAACGUAACGAGAGCCUAUAUAAGACCAUUGAGGAGAAGAGCCGCCAGCUUAAUGAAUACACCACAGAGGUUGAAAAGCUGAAGACACUGACACAGAACCUGACAAGGGAGAGACUGAGGUUGGAAGAGGAGCUGAGGGCAGUUAGACAGGAGAGAGAUGAACUGAAGCUUUCCAAAGAUACUAUAGAUGGAGAGAGUGCCACUCAGAUUUCAUCGUUACAUGUCCAGCUUCAGAGUAGCACCAAGAGGACAUCGGAGCUCCAGGCUCUCAUCAAUGACCUGACCCAGGAGAGAGAAAAGCUUAAAUUGGAAAUAGACAAAUUCCAAAAGCAAUCGAUUGAGACAUCCAUCAUGGUGCAUGAGUCCAAGAGCCAAUACAGUGAACUGUUGCUGGAGAAGGAGAGUUUGCUAUCCAAGCUUAAACUGCUGGAGGGAGACAAGAAUCGCCAUCAGCGCAUUGAAGAGGAGCUCGCUCGCAUCAAGGUCACACUAGAGACUGAGCUCCGCAACAAACAGCAUCUGCAGGAUGAAAAGAAUGCCAUCCUCAAGGAUUUCAACUACAUGAAGAGCCAGUAUGAGCUUAGAGACAGUCAGAUUAGGCAGUGUGAAUCGGACAGAGACAAGGCUGAUCGCGAGAAGCUCUCACUGAAGAAUGAGAUUGAAAAGCUCAUGAGGGAGCUGAAGAGUGUUGAGGAGAGGUACAAGAGCAGGCUGUUGAGCUCUGAAAAGGAGGUGUCAGAUCUAGCUCUGAAGAGAGAUGCCCUGGAGAGAGAGAUACAGAGGCUACAGCAGAGACCUAGCACUCUGAACAAGCAGACUCAGACAGAUGAGAAGAUCCCAACCAUUGAUCCAUCCAAGCUGCUCUUUGAUGGGGUACGCCGCAAAGUCACUGCCCACCAGCUUUUCGACUGUGGUAUAAUCAGUAAAACCACUCUAGACCAGCUCCUAAAGGGACGAAAGACAGUAGAUGAGGUAGCUGUGGACAUCCAACUUAGUCUAAAGGGUACUGGCGUUAUUGCUGGCAUGACAACAGCGUCUCAAGGGAAAAUGCCAUUCACUGAAGCCAAAAACAAGAAACUCCUCAGCCCAGAGAGCGCCCUCAUGCUUUUGGAAGCUCAAGCAGCAACAGGCUACAUAGUGGACCCUGCAUUUAAUGAAAAGAUGCCCGUGGAUACUGCCUGUUCCAGGGGGAUUGUAGACACAGAAGACAGAGACAUCUUGGUGACAGCUGAAGCAGCUAGCACAGGCUUCAAAGAUCCAUACAGUGGCAAAGUGUUAUCCGUGGGUCAGGCUUGCAAACAGGGCCGCAUAGACAAAGACACAGCUGUCCGCUUGCUACAGGCUCAGGAGUCUGUGGGAGGCAUACUGGAUCCUGUUCUGAGUGUGUUCCUUCCAAAGGAUCUGGCCUUGGAUCGCAAUCUUAUUGAUGAGGAGCUCUACAGGGCUUUGAACAAAAAACCUAGCUGCUACCUGGAUCCUGCAACUGGAGAGAAGAUAAGUUAUACUGACCUUAGGAAGAAAUGUACAGUGGAGCCUGUUUCUGGCUUGCUUCUGCUCCGUGGUCCAGAAAAGCCCAUGACAGUAAAAGGUAUCCGUGGUGAAGUCUCUGUCACAGAGCUCAUCAAAUCUGAACUGCUGGAUGAAAAUGACUUGGCGAAGCUCAACCAGGGCAAGCUCACCAGCAAAGACAUUGAGGACAAGCUGAGGUCUUACCUCUAUGGCUCCACGUGUAUUGCAGGGAUCUAUGACGAGGCCAGUGAUCGAAUCCUGCCUUUCUAUCAAGCAAUGAAGGAAGGUCUGCUCAUGAGAGGAACCACACUGGAGCUUCUUGAGGCCCAAGCUGCUUCUGGCUUCAUUGUUGAUCCAGUCAACAAUGUCUUCCUCACGGUGGAGGAAGCCACAAAGAGAGGCCUGGUCGGGAAAGAGUUUAAGAACAAAUUGUUGUCUGCAGAGAAGGCAGUAAUUGGAUACACAGACCCAGCAACAGGAAAGACAAUCUCCCUCUUCCAGGCCAUUGAGAAAGAUCUUAUUGAGAAAGGUCAUGGAAUCCGUCUACUUGAGGCCCAGAUUGCCAGCGGUGGGAUUAUUGACCCCAAAGAGAGCCACCGUAUUGAUGUCGCUGUUGCCUAUAAAAGGGGGUAUUUUGAUGAAGAGAUGAAUGAAAUCCUAACUUAUGAAGGAGAUGACACAAAAGGGUUCUUUGACCCAAAUACCAAGGAUAACCUGACAUAUCUUCAGCUGAAGGACAGGUGCAUCACAAAUUCCAAAACAGGCCUGAUACUCCUGCCACUCAAAGACAAAAGGAAGCCCAAGAUGUCGCAGGAAAGCCGUACCAAUAUCCUCCGCAAGAGGCGGGUUGUGAUAGUUGACCCAGACACUGGGCUGGAGAUGUCAGUGAGGGAGGCCUAUCACAGGGAGCUGAUUGACUACGACACCUUCCUGGACCUGUCAGAGCAGGAAUGUGAGUGGGAAGAAAUAACUAUUAAGGGGUCAGAUGGCUCUGCGCGUUUGGUGAUAGUGGACAGGAAAACAGGAAUCCAGUAUGACAUCCAGGACUGUCUGGAGCGUGGUAUCAUUGACCAGAGGUCUUUGGAUCAGUAUCGCACUGGAAAGUUAACCUUGACCCAGUUUGCUGACCAAAUUUCCAGCAGAACUAGCGGAUCUGAGAUGAUGAUUUCAGCCAGCAAUGUUGAUGACAUGGUCACUUGCAGCAGCCCCACCCAGGCCACACCAUCGUCUCCUACCGUCCGUAGACGCUUCAGCAGUAUUUCUAUUACUGUCUCUCCCCCAGAGAUGUUUGAUGACCAGAGCCCUGUGGCAGCCAUAUUUGAUACAGAGACCUUGGAGAAGAUAACUAUUCCUGAAGGGCUCCGAAGAGGCAUAGUUGACACAAUUACAGCACAGAGGUUGCUUGAGGCACAGGCAUGCACAGGUGGUAUUAUCAACCCUGCUACUGGUGAGAGACUGUCACUGCAGGAUGCUGUCCAUCAGAGCAUCAUUGAUGACAGCAUGGCAACUAAGCUGAAACCUGCUCAGAAAGCCUACGCUGGUUUCGAGGAUGUGAAGACUAAAAGAAAGAUUUCCGCAGCAGAAGCAGUAAAGGAGACAUGGCUGCCUUAUGAGGCAGGUCAGAGAUUUUUGGAGUUUCAGUACCUAACAGGUGGCCUGAUCGAACCUGGCACUGGACGUCGCAUUACCAUCGAAGAGGCUAUCCGCAGGGGGUGGCUUGAUGGUCAGGGGGCCCAGAAGCUACAAGAUACACGGAACCACCAGAAGAACCUAACCUGUCCUAAGACGAAACUGAAGAUCUCCUACAAGGAAGCCAUGGACAGCUGCAUGGUGGAGGAGAGCAAUGGUAUGAAGAUGCUGCAGGCCACCUCCAUAUCCUCUAAGGGAAUCAGCAGCCCUUACAAUGUCUCUAACCCAGGAUCUCGCUCAGGGUCCAGGGCCGGUUCCCGUACUGGCUCCAGAAGCGGAUCUCGUAGAGGCAGUGUGGAUUACUCCUCCACUUACACCUACAGCUUCUCCUCCAGCAGCGCCACCUACAGCUCUUAAUGCACAGCACAGACAAAGUAUAAAACUAGAUUAGUUAUUACUAGCAUUUCCUAUGCAGUUAAGAGUACUUUUUUUAACAGUUCGCUUUUCUAAAAAAUUAUGCUAGUUAAUAGAUUUUGGGAGAUUUGUUUAAGUGCUGAAUCUGAUUCCUUUAAAUGUUUUGAUUGUUUGCAGUUUUGGUGAUUUGGUUUUUGAAUAUAAAGCAUAAUGCUGGCUAUAAUUCAUGCUUGUGUUCUAAUGCAUACAUUUUGAAUAAAUAUGUUUGUCAUAGCUCAUGUUAACAUAGAGCUUUUUUAGAUUAUAACAUUGUUAUUUUAAAAUAUGCUUGUUGACCUCAACAGCAUGCCCUAAAAAUUAAUUUAGCUAUUUUGUAUUCUUAGUUUAUUGCAGCUUGACUCAUGUAUGUUUCUUUCUAUUUUUUAGAAGAAAAAAAAGCUAUUUUGUUAAUUGCAAAUGCUAAGGUAUAGCUUAAAAUACUGACUUGACAAAGUACUGAUCAACUAUGAAUAUUCUUUGCCACUUAAUGUCCCUCCAGUGAUUAAAAAAUAAAGUUGUUGUAACAAUA